AUGGAAGGCCUUCUUAGAGGUAGGCACUUUAAUGUAUGUUUAAGAACACCAUGUUGCAUAAAAAGCAAUUUUAUUCAAAAACAAGAGAAAAAGAAAUGCUUAUUCCAUUUCUUAUUAAAAAGAAUAGAUAGUAACACUUAUUAUUAUAACCAAUUCAAAAGAAAUGAUAGUACAAAUAAAAACGUUGCUGUUUAUGAAAAGAGCAAGAUAAUAAAAUUAAAUGAUAAACAGUAUUGCCUCACUAUAGCGAAAGCGCUCACUGAAAGAAUUUAUGAGAAAAAAGGCAUUAGAAGUCUAAUUCUUAAACAGAAAAAACCGAAUAGUUGUUACAUAUGCAGUAGAGAUUUUUCAUCUUUUGAGGACUCUAUGUCAGCCAAAUAUAAAAAAACUAACAAAAUUCACUUAACGAAUGAUUUUUUAAAUCAAGGAAAUUUGAAAAAAGAAAUUUUAGAUAUUCAUAAAAAGUUAACAGAAAAUUGCUUUAUUAAUCAAAAAAAGGAAGAAAUUUAUUUUUUAUUAAGAAGUGCAAUCAUGCCAAAUUUGAAGGGCAAAAUUUAUUUCGUUGGAUCGUGUGAGAAUAAUAUAUGGAUAAGAAACUCAGACAUUGACUGUUGCAUAGUUGUGGAAAAUUGCGAAGACAAAAAUUCAUAUUUGUACAUAUUAAAAGUAAUAAAAAGUGCAAUUAAUUUAAUAUACCCUUCUUUAACAGUUAAUAUUAUUAAGGCAUCCGUUCCUAUAGCUAAAAUAUAUAAAGGAGAAAAUAAUAUAUGUGAUAUUAGUAUAAACAACACAGUAGCAAUAGUAAACACAAAAUUUGUUUCAUCAAUUUGUAAUAUUGAUGAACGAAUAACCAUUAUUAAUAGAAUAAUAAAAUACUGGGCAAAGCAAAAAAAUAUAAACAACAGGUCCCAAGGUACAUUCAGUUCGUAUGCUUUAUUUUUAUUAACCUAUUUCUUUUUUCAAAAUUUAGCGGUGCCUUUAUUACCUUUGUAUAAAUCAAUAGAAAGAGUAAACGCUGCGUCUUUUGAAAUCAACAGUGAAUACUUCUUCCUUCAAGAUGAUGUGCAAAUGCCCUUUUACACCAAAACGGAGGAGAUAAAGAACAAUUUUCAAAAUUUCCCAAUUAACGAAGAAGAUGUUUCAAAGUUGCUCUAUGGGUUUUUUGAGUUUUAUUCCAACGAUAUUUGUAAAAACGGAAUAACCCUCGAUAUUUAUAACAAUCAAAUAAUUGAGAACAAAGAUAUGACUGCGAAUAUUUACUGCCCUAUAACGAAAAAAAUUGUAAAUGCUUAUAGCAUAAACACGUGGAAAAAAAUGUUUGAAAAGAUACAUUCAGCAUAUAAUAAACUAAAGGAAGGGCACAGCUUAAACGUGAUAUGCAACGAAACAAAGGAUAACACACCCAACAGAAAAAUAGAUCUUAAAGAUCACUUGAUAAGAAGAAAAAAAUUUCAAAAUUUGUUUAUGCCUUAA